AUAUUUUGGCGGCGGUGUGUCUGUGCGUCCACUCCCGCCCGCCCCUCCUGGCGCACUGUGCGCGGGGAGCCCGACGCUGCGAGCUCAGCCUGCCUCCAGGUUGCGGUCCUGGGACACUCGAAGCCUGACUCCCACUCCCACUCCCACUCCCACUCCCACUCCCACUUCCACUCCCACUUCCACUCCCACUUCCACUUCCACUUCCACGCGCGAGCCGAAGAAGCUGCACAAUGUGGAGGAGGAUGAGGAAGAGGAAGACCGAAGCAUUGAUCUCCACCGGAACAAGCAGCGUGAGGAGGAGGAGGAGGAGGAGGACGAUGAGCUUUGGAAUUGGCACGCUUGUCAAUUUUGCGGCGUGCGUCACGUUUGCGCUCCCCGGCGACGCAAUGCGCGCGCAAACGGCGUUCCCUCCCGAGUGCGCUCCAGGGGGCCACGGGCUCCUGCGGAACCCGCACCGCAGCACCGCCUUCAGCUCCAGCGGGCUUCUGCAGUCGCCCGUGCGGGAUUUCGUCUGCGACCGUUCCCUGGCACCCGGCUGGUACCAGUUCCAGAUUUUGGACAAACCGGCCAGCAUGCCUACCCGGUGUGUGGAGGUCAACCGCUGCGGGACCCAGGCUCCGGUGUGGCUGUCUCUGGGAGAAGGCGAGUCCCUGCCAGGUCCUCUGGAGGUCCGGCGCCUGACCGCCUGCGCCGCCUGGCGGUCAUUCCCGAGCAGCAGCAAGGAAUGCUGUCUGUUCCGCAUCCCGGUGUCCGUGCGCAACUGCGGAGACUUCUACGUUUACUUGCUGCGGCCCACUCAGGGAUGCAUGGGCUACUGUGCACAAGAAAUGGCAGACGCGUCAUCUACGACGUCGCUUACCUGCAACCACGGUGAGGUCCACGUGGACGGAAUGUGUCCAAUGAGAUCAGUCAAGGAGCCCGCCGCUCCAUCCGUGCCCGUGAUCGCCCCCGGGUGGACGGCCAGUGGCGUGUAUCUGAAGUGCAGCUUCUCCACCGACUCCACUGACAAAUCCGGCGGCUCCCUGGGCCACGUGGUGGCCUGGUCCCGAGCCUCCCCUCAGGGCGACCAGGAGGAGCUCAAGCGUGAGACCACCAUCCAGACGUGGACCCUCAUUGAGCUGGAUGGCUUCAACCUCCGCCUGGGAGACAAGAUAUACUGCUCCGUCUACAGUUUCUUCUUGGACUCUCCGGACAUCCGCGGUGCUUCAGUGGAAAGUCAGGAGUUCUUUGCUGGGAUUCGGCUGAGACCAGAGGUGAGCGUCCUUUCCGAGGACGGGAAGCUGUACGAGCUGACGGUCGAGAGCACCGUCCCUGUCCCGUGUCUGGAUGAGUCGUCGUCGUCGUCGUCGUCGUCGUCGUCACAGUCAGGGCGAUGCACCCUCUCCUUGACGUUCGGCACCGACAGCCAAGACAAAGCGGUACUGGGCUCUGACGUGUCCCUGUCCUCGUGCUCUGCGGACUUGCCCGGGGCGCCGUGCCAGGAUGGUGUCUGCGGCCGGGCCGUGGUCCUUUUCACCGCCAUCGCCGACUUUGUCAGAGACGGCGAUCGGACCACUAACAUCUCCGUCCGGCCCCUUGUCACCAGCAAUUUUGUGUGGAACGGUUACGCCCCGGAACCUGUUCAGCUCAAAGUGCAGGACGUGCCUUCAGCCUACUGUUACUCCUUCACCGACCCUCACGUCGUCACAUUUGAUGGCAGGCAUUACGACAACUACCAGGUGGGCACGUUCGUGCUGUACAGGAGUGCUCGCUGGCCCUUUGAGGUCCACGUGCGCCAGUGGGAGUGCGGGGGCGGCGGGGCGGCCCCCGCCUCGUGCGCGUGCGGCGUGGCGGCCCAGGACGGCGACAACGUGGUCGCCUUGGACAUGUGCAACGGCGACAUGGGCCAAACCAAACCUCGCCUCUCCGUGCAAGAGCGAGACCUCAGUAAGAGCGGGGUGCGCGUCCACGAGGCCUACCAGGGGCGCAAAGUCACCCUGACCUUCUCCUCCGGAGCUUUGGUACGCGCCGACGUGGCCGACUGGGGUCUGAGUCUGACGCUGAGGGCCCCCGGUUCAGACAGGGGCCGGACCGAGGGCCUGUGCGGCACCUACGACGGACAGCCCGACAACGACCUCCAGUUCUCGAUGAGAACAAGCGUGGAAGAUCUGCAGGCUUUUAUCUCUCAUUGGAGGCUUCGUCCAGGAAGCAGCCUGUUCGAUACAGUACGACCGAAAUCCUCAGUUCCCGAAUUCUGUGACUGUCCAUCAUCGCCCCAGAGCGGAACGCUGCCCGAAAGCUCCCAGGACGCCGUCGUCUGUUCUCGCCACGGUAACGUGCGCCUCCCCACCGUCAUCCCGUCUCUGGACGUCACGGCGGAGUACAUCGGCUCGGUGAAGUUGCUCGCCGGGGAAGAAGGAGCAGUGCUGCGUCCCGGGCAUCCUACUAGGGGUCCCCCAUCUGAGCAGCAGAGCAGGCACAGGCACCACUUCAUCCCCGCCGCCCCGCACCAAAGCCUCAGCCAGUCCGACCUGGAGAGUUUCGCCUACUUCUUCCCCGAAGACCACAAACCUGACACCGGCUUAGACCUAAAUCUUACAUGGCCGACGCCCUCCGGGUUGACGGAGCGUGAGGCGCGGGCCGAGUGUCGGGUCGCCGUCGCCAACUCCGGCCUGGCCCAGAGUUGCGGGGGGCUCUUGGGGACUGACGUGGUGGGCGGCGCGGUGGAAAUGUGUGUCGGCGAUCUGCGCCUGAAGGACGAGCGAUCGUGGCUGGACGCCGCCCUGCCCCUGCUGGAGAACGAGUGCGAGAGACGGCUGGUGGAGGAAGGGCAGCGGGGGCCGCCCCACCGGAACCACCUGGACGCUGUGGCUGUACUCAAGUGUCCCAAUCUGUGCAAUGGAAAUGGGCAGUGCUUGGAGUGGGGAUGUGUCUGCUUCCCCGGCUUUGGAUCUCACGACUGCAGUGUCUUGUCUGAAAACAGGCCCCAGGGCCUGCGGUCCUUCCAGGGGGAGGAGUUGCUCUACCAGUUGCGGGCCCGGGACCCCGAAGGCUCGGCGGUGGUCUUCACGCUUCGAUCGGGUCCCGAGGGCGCUUCGUCGUCCCCGUCCGGUCUCAUCCGGUGGAAGGUGACGCCCGGGCACACGCCCGGCUCACACGCCUUCAACUUUAGCGUGACGGACGACUGCCACGCCGAGACCCUCGCUUCCCUACACGUGUCGGUGCGUCUGUGCGAGUGCACGAACGGCGGCUCGUGCGUGAGCGACGUCAACGUGCCCGCCGACAGCGGUGAAUACACGUGUGCCUGCCCGGAUGGGUUCAAAGGUCAGCGGUGCGAGGUGGAUGUGGACGAUUGCAAGCCCAACCCCUGCAGGCUGGGACGCUGCGUGGACGGACCAAACUCCUUCACCUGCAUUUGCCCGCCCGGAACGACAGGCGGAACGUGUCGAGAGGACGUGGACGAGUGCGCCUCUGGGCCGUGCUUCCCCAGGGUGGACUGCGCUAACACGCCGGGCUCCUUCUCUUGUGGACCGUGCCCGCGGGGGUACGCCGGCGACGGCGCCAUCUGCAUUCCCCUGAGAUUAACGGUGAUGCCGGCGAGAGUGGCGCCUUUUCCCCCGAGGCCCCGAGCCCCCCCGCCGUCACGCUCGCCCUGCUCCCGGCGACCGUGCCACCCUGGCGUUCAGUGCUUCCGAAGCCCCCACGUGGCAGCGGGCUACGUCUGCGGACCCUGCCCGCCUGGUCUCCAUGGCAACGGGACGACUUGCGCGCCAUCAACUGAACAAAUUCCCAACAGCAGACUGAAUCCGGUCAGGCAAACGACCCCUAGCAGCUUCUCCUCAUCGUCAUCGUCCCCCGCCUCACCCAGACGGCCCCCCGACAGAAGCAGGAGACCGGGCGCCACCGUUUCCCACCCACGAGGAGCUUCUUCUUCCUCCUCGGAGAGAAGUCCGGGACGAUGCCCGCACGGAUACGUGGGUGAUGGAGUCACGUGCAAAGCUGUGUGCAGGUUUCAGUGCGGGAGAAAUAUGGAGUGCACGCAGCGCAAUACGUGCGCCUGCAAGGACGACUGUCGCGUCGCCGUGUGUCGGCCGGACUGCAGGAACCAGGGCAGAUGCGUGCGUCCUAACGUGUGCGAAUGCCCCCCGGGAUACGCCGGGCCCACCUGUGAGGAAGCGAGCUGCGAGCCGCCGUGCCAACAUGGAGGCACGUGUCUGGCGAAGAACCUUUGCACGUGCUCCUACGGCUACGUGGGACCGAGAUGUCAAAUCAUGGUGUGUAACAGGCACUGUGAAAAUGGCGGGCAGUGUGUUUCUCCCGACGUGUGCAAAUGCAAACCGGGCUGGAAUGGACCAACUUGCAACUCUGCUGAGUGCAGUCCGGUAUGUCUGAAUGGAGGAAGGUGCAUUAAAGCAAACGUUUGCGCUUGUCCCGCCGGAUUCUACGGCUCACAGUGUCAAAUUGCUGUGUGCAGCCCCCCUUGUAAGAACGGAGGACAGUGCAUGAGGAACAACGUGUGUUCAUGUCCUGAAGGCUACACGGGGAAACGAUGUGAAAAGAGCGUGUGCGAGCCCACAUGUAUGAACAAAGGCAAAUGUGUGGGGGCCAACACGUGCUCGUGUUCGUCGGGAUGGAAAGGAACUCGAUGUGACAUACCCGUGUGUCUCCAAAAGUGCCAAAACGAAGGCGAGUGCGUGGGGCCCGACACAUGCCGCUGUCCCACCGGCUGGGAGGGUCUGCAGUGUCGGACACCGGUCUGCAGACUGCGCUGCCUGAACGGGGGGCGAUGCGUGCUGCCCGACUACUGCCACUGUCGCGGGGGCUACAAGGGCCUCACCUGCGCCAUUCAGGUCUCGAAAGCAUGAUACAAAAUGAAGUGAAAGAAGAUUGUGAGUGGAGAUAAUGUAUGAAUGGCGCCGCCUAGAGGGGAUUUAUUAUAUUGUACUUGUCUAUAUUGUAUAUUGUACUUGUCUUCUUGGUCCCCAGCAUGUCCACUACCCCCCCAGCAUGUCCACUACCCCCCCAAAAAAAUAAUAACUCAAAAAAGCACUCUCUCUAGAGUGUCCUGGGUCGUCCCCGGGGCCUAACCAGUUGCCUGAGCCACCUCAUCUGGCUUCUCUUGAUGAGGAGGAGCAGCGGGUCGACUCUGAGCCCCUCCUGGAUGACCGAGCUUCUCACCCCAUCUCUAAGCGAGAGCCUGGACACCUUGCGGAGGAAACUCAUUUCACCCACUUGUAUCCGCGAUCUUGUUCUUUCGGUCACGACCCAGCGCUCGUGACCGUAGGUGAGGGCAGGAAACGUAGAUUGACCAGUAAAUCGAGAGCUGCGGCUUUCGGCUCAGUUCCUUCUUCACCACAACAGAUCGAUACAGAGUCCGCAUCACUGUGGACGCUCCACCGAUCCGACUGCCGAUUCCCUCGUUAACGAGACCCCGAGAUACUUGACUCCUCCACUUGGGGAAGGAUCAGUGGCGUGUCAACCAAGACAGCCCUAUAACAUCCCGAGUCUUUAGGAACUCAGUGAGGAUCUUAUCCACCCCUGGGGCCCUGCCACCGAGGAGCGUUUUUACCACCUCGGCGACUUCAACCCCAGCGAUAGAACCUGCCUUAGAGUCUCCAGACUCUGCUUCCUCACGGGAAGGUGUGUCGGUGGAAUUGACGAGGUCUUCGAAGUAUUCUCCCCACCGACUCACCAUGUCCCGAGCUGAGGUCAGCAGCGCCCCGUCCCCACUAUACACAGUGUUGACGGUGCACUACUUCCGCCUCCUGACAUGCCGGACGGUGGACCAGAAUUUCCUCGAAGCCGUCCGGACGUUGUUUUCCAUGGCCUCGCUGAACUCCUCCCAUGCCCGGAGUUAUAAAUAAAGUCUGAUGUACUUUUACUUUUACAGUAAACUUUGACAAGGAGUGGCAUCAAACAGCUUGAAGCCUCGAUUUUAAAGAAUUGUUAAAUAUCAAAGCAAAAAAAUCGGCCUAUAUCUUGAAAAACCUGUACAUCGGGUCUGAUUGCACCGCUGUCAUGUAUUUAGAAACAAAUCUCUGAAUUCACUUAGCAGGGUUUUUCAUUCUGAUGAGUAAUACAUGCUAUUGUGUUUAUCAGCGCGCCUGACAGUAACUCUGUGAAUGUUAAACGGAAACCUUUUCCAACCAAAAUAUGUGACUAAAUAAACUUGUUUUUUUCUUCCCCA